AUGGGGACAUUGUCGCUGGACAUGUUAUUUUUUCGGCGACUGGGCACUCUUUUGAAGCUGCUUUUUCCUUUGAAUCGCCGUUCAAGGACAACUUGGCUGGCACUAGUGGUGCUCAUUACGUCGUUCACAGACCAAGUAGCUACGUAUUUUGUUGGAAUACUACCGAGCCAAUUCUUCGUGGUUCUUGGGAACAGGGACUUGUCGGCCUUUCAUUUAUUGUGUGCAAAAGCCACUAUUAUAGUACUUGCAAAAUCGCUGACGUUUGCAUUUGGAAUUCGUAUUUUCAAAGCACCGUUACAGACGUUGGCAUCUAUCAAGUAUUUUACGUCUAUUCUCGCGAUUAAAUGUCGCGAGAUUUGCAGUUACACACUGCAUAGAUUAUACUUCAAACGGCGAGCCUUCUAUAAGCUGAAUUUGUAUUCUGAAAAUUUGGACAACAUCGACCAGCGAAUGACGCAGGACAUUGAGAAAACAACGCAAGUGUUAGCCUGCGAUCUUUUAGCCCCGGUAAUUACUGCUCCAUUCAUAAUUAUAUAUUAUUCCUAUCUAACCUGGAUAAGUUCUGGAUGGCUGGGGCCGCUUACUAUUUAUGUAUAUUUUACAUUUGUUACUUUGGUAAAUCGCUACUUAAUAGCUCCUCUUGUUGGCCUAGUCAAUGAAACGGAAAGGAAAGAAGGCGACUUUCGUCAGCGACAUAUGGAAGUGAGGUCGAAUGUGGAAUCGAUUGCAUUUUACCAGUCAGGUCUCAUUGAGAAUAUCAUGACAAAUCAAAAAUUGAAAGCUUUGCUGAAAGUUAAGCGGAAACUCGUUGAGUGGCGUUUCAUUCUUGGUGUUGUUACCAACAUGUUCGACUAUUUUGGUGGCACCCUUUCCUAUCUGAUCAUCGGAAUUCCCAUUUUCAUGACGCAUGCCUAUGAUUCAUUGUCGGGCACUGAGAUUAACGGAAUGGUGUCCAUGAAUGCUUUUUUCUACCUGUACUUGAUCUACAGUUUUACAAAUCUGAUUACGUUGUCAGAGAAGCUCGGAGAUCUAGGUGGUGUCACACACAGGGUGAUUGAGCUUGUGGAGGAGUUACGUCGCCUGCACUCAGAUUGCUUGGAAACUGACCGACCACCGUCGACAGUUCCAUCAAGUGUUGUUGUCAUUGGAACAGACGACGAGGAGAAAACGAUUGAGGAACUUCAUGGAAAGCAACUCUCGCUGGAGCGCGAUUGCGAUGAUGAGGAAGAAGCCCAAUUCCUUCUGGGAAACAAGUCCGAUCGUGAUGAGGAAUGGCCAGAUGACGGUGUUGCGAUGACGAUUGAUUCAGCUACACUAGCUCCUCCUACUGAUGCUCAGAAUACCAUUAUUGCAAAUUUGUCGGUGCAGCUAAUCCAAGGUCAGAAUGUUCUAAUCACGGGUGAUAGUGGUUGUGGAAAGACCUCUCUGCUGCGAAUGUUUGCAGGAUUGUGGAAUAAUGUGUCAGGUAAAGUGGAUCGCCAUUGGCGAGUACGCCCACAAAACCUGCUAUUCGUGCCUCAGAAGGCAUACUUUCCUUCCGGAGGAAUCACUCUGCGACAGCAACUUGUAUAUCCUCUCAAAGCUCUUCCAAUUUGA